GGCUCCACCCAGCCCGUAGCGUCAUGCUCGUGCGCGCGCCCCCGAUGGUGUGCGCAGGCGCACAGAGGGCGCGUGGCCGCCAUUGCUUCUCCUUUUUUCGGGUCGUGUCCUGUUACUGAGUCCGCGGGCGGAAAGGAAGGGGAUCCCAUGCAGGACUGCAGGUUGGGUUCCAACUGUUGUGUGUCUUUAGUCUCCUGCAGUGUGGGGCAGCUCCCCAGCUUCCCUGGACUCUCAGACACUUUUGAGGAUUCCUUGCCAAUUGUUUUGUAGAACUGGGUUUGUGGUUGUCUGAGAUGUCUUCACUACUAGACUCUGAUAUGGGCAGAAGUGGUACCAACCAGAUGCCGUUAUUCAGACGCUGAGAGUGUGUCUUGGAUGAUGGAGUAAGCAGCAACAUCAGCCUCCAGGGAUGCACUCCCAGACCCUGCUAGAUCAUACGCUUUCUGUGGCUGCCUUCCCUGCUGGGAUUUCAUGCUCAUCUCACUAAGGUCUCUGGAUUCCUAUAGCACUCAGAGCCAUGGUCCAUGCCUUCCUCGUCCACACCUUGCGGGCUCCACAGGCUGAGGACACAGGUCUUUGCCGAGUGCUCUACUCCUGUGUCUUUGGUGCUGAGAAUUCACCAGAUGAUCCGCGUCCACAUGGUGCCGAGAGGGACAGGCUCCUCCGAAAGGAACAGAUUUUGGCUGUGGCCAGGCAGGUGGAGUCCAUGUGCCAGCUGCAGCAGCUGGCAUCCGGCCGGCACCCCACGGACCUACAGCCCCAGUCCUCAGAUGAGCUGGUACCUCUGCAUGAGGCUCCACGCGGGGCCUUCCGCCUGGCAGCAGGGGACCCUUUCCAGGAGCCUCGGACAGUGGUGUGGCUGGGCGUACUCUCAUUAGGCUUUGCCCUGGUGCUGGAUGCCCAUGAGAACCUGCUGCUGGCUGAGAGUACGCUCCGGCUGCUGGCACGCCUCCUCCUCGACCACCUCCGGCUGCUGGCUCCCAGUGCAAACCUCCUGCUGCGGGCUGAUCGGAUUGAAGGCAUUCUUGCCCGCUUCCUACCGCAUGGUCAGCUGCUCUUCCUCAAUGACCAGUUUGUCCAGGAUCUGGAGAAGGAAUUUAGUGCUGCCUGGCCCCGCUGACCCUUUACUGGGAUGGAACUUCCUGAGAGGAAAGAAGUUGGGUGCAGAUGGACACACAGCCAGGUAAAGCUUAGCGCCUGCCUCUUUCUCAACCUCCUCCCAGCCCUGGUGUGCUACGACACUCAGGGCAAGCUGGCAAAAAAGGGUGUGGGCAGAGGGUGGAGGGGAGGAAUCACAGAACGUCCUAUGCCUGGAGCUGUCAAGUGACUUAAUUCAGACUGCUGUAUUGGGCCAGCCCCACUUGUCGUUGACCCCACUUUCUCCUGUCCCUGCCUGCCAGCCGGCUAGCCCCAAACAGUCUGCCAGUGCUGGGCUGGUGAGAGCAGAUGUUUGUAACUCAGCCUACUUUCUUCUUUCAAACUCACGGUCAUUGCAGCACAGGAGUCUCUCAGAUUCCGAGGGAUAGGGGAGCUGCUCUCUGCCUUUGCACCCCACUCAGACAACAUCAUCAGCUAGGAUUUGGUUAGUGAGGACUUGCUUGGUGUCCAGCCUCAGCAAAGUUCACAAAUAUGUCAGUCACUCAGUAGGGGGAUUCUGCAGCUCCCUUUGGGCCCAGCCCAUGUGCACAGGGUAGCCUGGAGAUAAUCAUGGAACUUCCCUCAUCUGCAGGGAGGGAAGGUAUUAUCAGGUGGUUGCAAGAGGUCUGGCCUGGACAAUGUCUUUCUCAUUUGGAAUUAAAAGCACUGACUGAUUUUACCCUC